AUGCAGGGCCAUGAGGCAUCGGGCCCCGGUGCGCUCGCAGGCCUACCUUCUACCCUCAGAACGGUGAUAGGCAGCCCGACGACGUCACCGCUCGGCUUCGUUUCUUCAACCAUGUCUUCUAUACAGACCUCAUCAUCUUUGUCGCGACAACAGAUCGAAUCGAACCUGCAAUAUGUGCUUAAGACUCUGUCGUCGGAAUAUGUCAGUGAGCGCUUGGUCGAUUCCGGUGGCAACUCGUCCGGCUCGACCGGCUCAACCACCAAAGGCGUCCUGAUUGGGCUGUUCUCAGCUUUUGGCUCGGCUGCGAUCGCAUUGAUGAUUCUAGCGAUCUUCUUUUUCUUCAAAUAUACCAAUCGCGGCCGGAUUAUGCUCGAUCGGAUGGGACGCCCGGGCGAGUACGACGAUGAACAAUCAUUUGCGCGGGAAGAGGAAGCCGCUUUGGAGGGUAUGGAUGAUUUGUCACGGUCGGAAUAUCUACGAGCAAAAGCUUUCGUUCAAGCCAAUCCUCCCGAAUCUAUGCAAACCGACAUUUCCCUGUCACAAUUCCUGGCCAUACAAGAAAAGGGUGUCUCAGCAUGGGAAUUCCAGGCUGAGCUGGAGAUUGCCAACUGUUUUGUGGAAGGUCGCACAGAGAUUGAGUUCUUUGAUUCAGAGUGCAGUGUGCAGACCAAUCUGCCCGUCCCCAAGCAGAACGAGGUCUAUUACUGGGAGGCCAAGAUUUACGACAAGCCGGAGUCAACCAUGAUUGGUGUCGGCUUCACCACCAAGCCUUAUCCUCUUUUCCGACUUCCUGGUAUGCACAUUAUUGUUCCUCGUUUCAAUGGGUCCUUCAAAAAUCUAACUAGCUCGUUAGGCUUCCACAAAAUCUCUGUUGCCUACCAAUCCACCGGCCAUCGCAGACAUAAUCAACCCUUUGCUCCAUCCCCAUAUGGACCUCCACUUCUCCAAGGCGACGUGAUCGGCGUCGGAUACCGCCCCAGAUCAGGCACGAUCUUCUUUACCCGAAAUGGCAAGAAAUUAGAGGAUGUGGCCCACAAUUAUCGCAACCAGAAUCUAUUUCCGACCGUCGGCGCGAAUGGCCCCUGCAGCGUACAUGUCAAUUUUGGACAAAUGGGCUUCGUAUUCAUCGAAGCUAAUGUUAAGAAAUGGGGUUUAGCCCCCAUGACUGGCAGCCUCGCCCCGCCCCCACCUUAUGGCAGUGAACAUGGCAGUAUUCUGCUUGAGUCUGGGCGCGAAAGCGCUGCCACAAUCUCACAGCGCGUUUAUCAAGCCCACACGGCAAGAAGCUCCAGCAUCGGAUUUCCCCAGGCAGUCAGCCCGGGUCCGAUUCGCUCCCCGACUGAUAUUUCCCUUGCUCAAUUGACCCACAUCCCCUCUCACGAAGAUGCCGGUGAGGGAUCCAGUCGGAUUGCCGAUGGCGACGAUAGUGUCAAUAUUGGACAUCCAUUGCCUGGCGUUCCUGAUGAAGAUGGAGUUCUGCCUCCAGAGUACUCAAGUCCUGGGAGCAGUCGCAGGGGUAGCGACGCUUCCAUGGAAUUCCCGCCCCAAGUCACUGAUAAUGAUAAUUUCGGUCCUCCACUGGAUUCUGUUGAGCACCAAUAUCAAAAUCAAAACCUACCGAGCUACCAAGCGGUGGUAGAUCGGGACUCCAGCAAUCACGAGUAA